AUGGCAGCGAUGAAUACUGAUAUGGGAGGCUUAGGUGGCAGGCCGACAAAUCCACAAGCAAAUCGUUUUGGAACUGCCUUGCAUGGUGCUGGACCAGGACUCAUUCGUACUGGGCUAGAAGCAUAUGGGGGGAGGUUUUUAGAUUCAAGUUCUGAGUUUAUGCAGAGCAAUGUAAAUUUGUACACAGGUUUCAUGUUUAGAGAUCAGUGUAUCUAUCUUGGAGCUAGAAAGGCUAAACCUCACUCUUUUUUGUCAGAUAACACAAUAUUUGUCCGACCCUCAGUACUACUUUCAAGUCAACAACCAGUAUGUGAGGAACAAACUGAAGGUUAUCUUGUUCCCUUUCUUGCACAGGUAGGAGGAAGGCUGUCCUACAAACCUCCAGUCCAGGAUAUCAAUGCACCAGACUUGUACAUCCCUUUGAUGGCUUUUGGCACCUACAUUGUAGUUGCUGGGUAUGCCUUGGGUGUUCUUGGAAGGUUUACCCCUGAGGCACUGACCCUACAGUUCUCUAAAGGGAUACUUGGCUGGUUUCUGCAAGUCAUCCUCAUCAAAGGUCUGCUGUACUCCCUGGGCAGCGGUGAAGCUCCAUUGCUGGACAUCAUGGCAUAUGCUGGAUAUGGUUUCGCCGGCACUUCCCUUGCAAUGCUGGCCCGUAUCUUCUGGAGCUAUCUGUAUUACUUCAUCAUGCCAUGGUUCUGCAUCUGCACAGGAGUUUUCCUUGUGAAGACCAUGAAGAGGAGUUCAAGAGUGAAGGGAGGCAGGGAGCUUUAA